UAGGGGCUCUCCGGGCUCUGGGCAGCUCUGCCGCUCCUCUCACUCGGCUCUGCUCGGCUCGGCUCGGCUCGGCUCAGCUCAGCACGGCUCGGCUUGGCUCGGCAGCAGCCAUGCACACCUCGCUGCUCAGCCUCCUGGGGCUGGCGCUGCUCGGGACUCUGCACGCUCAGGACACCAUCCCUGUGCAAACUGACUUCCAGCAGGACAAGCUCACGGGGAGGUGGUUCAGCAUCGGCCUGGCCUCCAACUCCAACUGGUUCAAGGAGAAGAAGCACCUGAUGAAGAUGUGCACCACGGUCAUCUCCGAGACUGCAGAUGGGAACCUGGAAGUCACCUCCACCUACCCCAAGGGUGACCAGUGCGAGAAGAGGAACAGCCUUUACACCAGGACGGAGCAGCCAGGGCGGUUCAGCUACACCAGCCCACGCUGGGGCAGCAAGCACGACAUCCGUGUGGUGGAGACCAACUAUGAGGAGUACGCCUUGGUGGCCACCCAGAUCUCCAAGAGCACCGGUCCCUCCACCAUGGUGCUGCUCUACAGCCGCACGAAGGAGCUCAGUCCUGAGCACCUGGAGAGGUUCACCCAGUUCUCCAGGGAGCAGGGCCUGGCAGACGACGAGAUCCUCAUCCUGCCCCGGACAGACAAAUGCAUGGCAGAUGCUGCCUAGACAGACCCACGAGCUGCCGCUGGCCGGAGCCUCAAAAGUGCCACGAGCUGGUGGCUGCCCCAUCCCCUCCGUGCCCAGGGCCCCCCAGCACCGCAGCAGCCCUCACACCCUGGCUUCACACCCACACCUGUACCCCCCCCAUUAAAGCCUGUAUAAAACCAG